UUUAAAAUUGGCUCGCGGUCGUUCGUUCGUACACAGUUUCUUAACCUCAACCGAGUGAGCAGCACGGUCAGGUCGAGUCUACUGAGUUAGAGGUUGUGUUUCGUAGAGAUAAAAAUGGCAAACAUCCUUGCAGAGCAAGAAAAUGCUGGUCUUCAUGUGCCUUCGCUGAAGAUGCGACAGCGACUUCAGUCUGCUCCAGAGAAACUUCUGAAUUCAGAGGCAGCUAAAUCUGUUAAAACACCUCUGCCAUUUGGUCGUAAAGCUUUUGGAGCUGUGAACAAGGUUUUGACCCCAGCAGUCUCUGCACAGGAGAAGACUCUAUUGAAGCCACAGGAAAACAAAGUCGAGCCUGCUCCUCAAACCAAAAUUGAGGAAUAUCCAGAAAUUGAGAAGUUUAUCCCGUAUGACCCCUUGGAGUUUGAGAGGUACAGCGUCCCUGAGGACUUGAUCCCUCUUAGCUGCUUGGCGCUUCCUGGUUUGGCCUGUUUUCCCACAACUCUUUCUAAGCUGUGUGAGGAGGAUUUGACAGAGAUGGCUCCACUUCCAGACUUGUCACCCAUAAAGAUGCCAAAAUAUUCAGAUGAGCGUUUGGAGCUGGAGGAUUUCCUACAAACACUUGAUGAGCUGACAGAGCUUCCUCCAGAGCCUGUUGACUUUUAGUGUGUUUUGUUUUUUUGGUGUGUUUGUCAUUUUAUUCAAAUAAAGUUGUUUUACCUACUGUUAA